AUGUCCAACUCAUCUCAAUGUUUUGCAGGGUGGCGGAGGGACGAAACGCACGAGCAACGUUCAGCUGAAUCCAAUUCAGGUCUCGCAUCGGGGGCUGCAGACCCGUUUCCCAAGAGCUGGGCAGAGGAAGGUGCCAACGAGAUCGUGGCGAACCAAACUGUCGGGAACGCUAAGUCGACACUAGAUCAGCAGCGUUCCAUGCCCGAAAGGGGCACGGGCGGGUAG